GAAAAAAAAAAAAAAUGGAGGCCUGAUUUCAAACAGGCUUAAAUCGUUUUUAUCAGAUUUGGGACGUGUAACAUUUCUUGGGAUUGCAUGGUGUUCAUGGAAGCUGUCCAUUUCACUGUUUUCUGAUGGCAAGGUUACACUUCCAUUACAGCCUGAACAGCAUAAAGCUGGUACAAGUAAUAGAAACACGUGCCUGAGACAGUUCUUUCUUAGUAUUUGUUGUACCAUGCAGCAGCAAGAAUUUGCACUAGAGGCAGACUCAGUUAUAUGCACUCAGUAAUUUUUAUACUCAUGGACCAGAGACCCAAUAGCAUCUUUUCAAAGAAGAGAAAGAUGGUACAUCUUAAAAUAGAAGGAGGUUUAUUUUUAUGGUCUUUUUCAUGGCGUUCUGCCUCUCUGAUUCCGAAUUCGUGGUUCAAUAGUAUGCUGAAAGAUAGAAUUCAUUACAAAACAAUCUUUAAGAAGUGUAUUUGAUAGCUUACACGGCAACACAGAUCUAGCUUCAACAACAACAACAAAGCUGAAGCCGAUACAAGAUGUGGAAAAAAUUGACUUGUGUAUGAAUUCACGGCCUUUCACGGUACUAAAAAAGACUUUUAAAGUUAAAUUAGGUUCAUAACUUUUACAGGCAGAGAGCCAUUAGCGAUGCUACAAUGAACUGAAAGAAUAAACAGGGAUAAUGGCCUUGUGUUAAAAGUAGGUUGGAAAUAGUCUUGAUAUUUCUCAGCUCUUCUUUGAGAUAGUUAAGAAACACGAAUAAGCUUUUCACAGGUCUUGAAGAGAUGAAUCAUUUAUAACAGUGGCACAAUCUAGAUAGGUUUUUCUCUUAUUUCUCCUCAUAAUUAUGCCUCCUGAGUUCAGAAUCUGAUGGAUGCUGCCCUCACUUAUAAUACAACAUGAGGCAGAAAAUUAUGCCAGUUUUCAAGACAAGUUUGCGUUACAAAGAGAUAUUUUCAUCAAAGCAAUUUCAGGUGUAAUCACUUCAAAUCUAGAUUUAACAAUCCUGAGGGAUUCAGGGAAAAUAUAGUUCUACUAACUAGUUUCAUCACCAAAUCCUUAUAAGACCAUUUUUAUUAUAUUAAGUUUUCUCUAAGCCCUUCUUGUCCUCUGCUGAAAGCCACAUGUUUAAUUUAGCUGGUUUGGUGAGGCUAAAAUGUUCUUUGCCUUGCUGGAAUUUUUUAUCUAUUUAUUCUUUUUAAGAGCCUUUGUGGCCUAUUUGAGUAAUUACAAUUAUCUAUAAAUCAUCACCGUUGAAAGCCAAACAAAAAAGCCCCAUCUGAAGCUGGGAAUUCAGUUUUACAUAAUAGAGAUUUUUUGAAAGUACACAUUUGCCAUCCCACUCAGGGUUCCUGGUAACAGUCACAAAGGGGUGGAUGCUCCUUUUGCUUCCACAGGUGUAAACCUGAAGCAACUCUGUAAGCAUUGAUAGGGCUACCAUGAAGGAAUGGUAAUGCCACCAUAGGGAGAUGCAGACCUCGAAAACAAAACUUUGCUGCUCAGAUGUGGUUUGCAACAUCCUGGGCCCAAACAAGAUGUAAGUGGAAGGAUUUUCCCUUUUUUUCUUUAAAAAAAAUUACUUUUACAAUGUUUUAUAAUCACACUAUAUUUUAUCAGAAAGUCCCCAAGUAAUGGGUUAGUCAUAUAUUAUCAAUAUAUUUUAAUACUCAGUCAAACCUUAGAGAAGAGUAGAGAUUUACCAGCCAACACUCCUGAACUUGUAUUGACUAAACAGCCAGUUAUUUUUUAAUAGCUGUCAGGUGUGCUUUUCGCCUCCAUCUUUUGGCUCCAAUUUUGUUAUUUCAGACAGUAAUGUUGGCAGCAUAACAUUCAUGAAACUACUGCUGCUUUAAAUAAAUCUAUAACACGCUGCUGUUUCUAUAUGAGCACUGAAAGAAGCCUACUCCAUCUGAUACAAGAAUCCUGGCAUUCCGAAACCUUAUUUAUGCGGUGGUGAGAGAGGUCAUUUAAUUCCUCAAGGCACAGCCAUCUAUAAAUUAUAGCAGCACACUGUGAGUAAUGAGUUAUGCUAAGAAAGGUGUUUAGAAGAAAACUGUGCAAUUUUGCUCAGCACAGCAAUCUCAAAGUUCAUACAGUGAGGAGCAAUUGUCACCAUACAUAAACCAUCAUAUAGCCAUUAAGGUUGGAAAGACCUCUAAGAUCAUCUAGUCCAACUGCUGACCCAUCUCCACCAUGCCCAAUAACCAUGUCUCUCACUGCCACAUGAACAGGUUUCUUGAAAACCUCCAGAGAUGGCAACAAACCUCGACAGUCAUUGUAAGAAGUGUUUUACUUAAACAUUUAGUUAAGCAGAGUGGGCAUCUCAUAGGAGACGGCAACACAACAAGAAUAAACCCAGCAAAAAGACUGUAAAUGAGUGCCUUGAUAUAUAACUGAGCUCAUUUUCACUCUUGAGAAGAAAAGCAGUGAAUUUUCCCAGUGCUUAAGUGUGAAGCCCAUCCCAGCCAUUGGACUUGACGCAGCAAUAGAAAUAGGAAGAACUACCUUUUUGUAGGUUACACCUCCUCUUAAAAUUGGCUUCUGAAACUUCAGGCAGAGAGUGAGGAGCAUCUCCUCAGAAACAGAGCUCCAGGUGGGCUUGGAAUGAGCAGUGACAAGCAGAGAUCUACUUCUAAGGAGCUGCCUCACUACUCCCGAUGGAAUGCUUACCUUCAGCUCUGCUCCUCCCUCCUCCUCUCAACAGGCUGUGAAGCACAGCUGUUCUCUGUACUACUACUACUUCAGCCCCAGCCCAUUGGUGUUAAAUUGAGCAGAAGGUGGUAUUUGGAGGCCUUUCAAGACAUCACCAGACACCCUUUCACCUGGCAAAGUUAAUUCCCUGCCAAUCCUUCUCACCAGUGUGCAUGAGAGGCUCUACCUUGCAGCCCCUGCCUGCCUUUUGACAUGGGCUGGGCAGCUCCAGUUCUGGAGUUAAUAGAGAAAAUUCACUCAGGCUCCUGUACCGUACCAGCAGCACAUAGACAACCCUGUCCAGUCAAUGGGCACAGGCAUCCCAAGUGCUCAUCCCUUAUGUUGAGAAGAGAGCUCACUGCAGGGGGCCAAUAUUAAUUACUGACCUGGGCAGCAUCAGUUCCCCCACCUGUCACAAGAGUGGAUGUCUGUGUCAGAAAGGUGCUUCCAUCCACUCCCAGUACUCCAACCUGGCAGCUCUCCUCAUUUUGGGGAUAAGUGUCACUGCCCUGGGAUGCAGUCAGGGAGGAUGCUCUCCCUGCAUGCUCAGGCUCCCACAGAUGAUUCCUGCAUGCAUUCAGAAGUAAUUAGAGAUGUGGAAAAGGGUGAAAUGAAAGGGUGUUUUUCUGUUUGAGAUGAGUAGAAAGGACAGAUUUGGGAGAAAUUUAGACUCAGGAAGCUCUGAGAAAAGUAUGAUGAUGCACAAGUUGUUAAGGGAAAUUUGCUAAAGAUGGUGACAUGUUCCAGAAUUAAAAUACUCUCCCAAAUCAUUUCCCAGAGCUACCUGACCUGCACCAAAUCAAUGGCUGAACUCUGCUUCUCACUGAGUGUGCUGCUCACAGGAUUCACUGUGAAGUGGGAAGAAAUCUGAGGCCACUUAAAGGCAUAAACCUGCUCCAAAACACAGGAAAUAAGACAUUUCUUAUCAGCUAGGGUGUUUUUCUAGCAGGAAUUUGUGCCUAUAAGUAGUUUUCUGCCCUAUAGGAAGAUGCACAGAGAAGGAGCAGCUCACAGCUGGCAGGGAUCGAGUUAUCCCAUCUGAGGGCACACUUAAACUCUGUCUCUUUAAAGAGGAAGCUGAAAAAAAGUAUUAUUUGAUUUUUAUUUUUUUUAACAGAUCUGAUGAGUUUAUGGAAAGCUACUGCCUAACCUGUCAUGGCCAUCAGCAUAGGGCUGUCAGUGCUGCUUUUAUCUCUUUGCUUUAAAAAAGCAGCAUUUGUAGAUGGAGAAGGGAAAGAGGAGAAAGAAGAAGUUGAUUACUGAACUGAAGAAAAAUGAGUGUUUAGCUGAAGGCAAAAAAAAAACCCUUGCAGUGACUAUCAUAAUAAUGAUGUGACAAACUGUCAACCUAUAGCUCAGCAGCCAAUGAACGCAUGGGCUGGUUGAGCACCUCACAAGGUAAAGGCAGCACAAGCAGUGGCGCGACAGACAGACAGGAAUGAAAUGUAGCUCGUGAUGGGUGUCUGUACAUUCAGAGUUGGGUAAGCUCUGCUCAUCUCCAGAGGUGCUGUACGUAGAGCUAGAACGAGCAGGCAGUCUAAUAAUAUCUCAGCACAUCUUUACGGAGUUAUUUUCAAUUCAGAUUUUUUAUCAAUAAAACAUACCUCUCUUCUACAAUGUGAGAAUACACUGGAUGUGCAGGGAAUGGGGCUGGGUCUACCCACUGCCCAGGGGUUUCUGGGAGAUGCCCCCCACCAGCACCGCUGUGCAUGCAGCGGGGUGACCCCAUUGAAACAUUUUGGGUAAAAAGCAGAAAAGCACAAACAGCACACCAGCUGUAAAUACAGCAUCUGCAAUGCAGGUGUGUUGGAUUUGCUUACCGAGUUCUUCACAGUUUUUUAAAAAUAUUUUUUAUCAUUUUUAUUAUUUUGUAUUUAAUAUUUUUUUAUGAUCACCUCAAGGAGAACACACAUUUCUCUACUUUGGAGACAAAUUGGUUAACAACACCAUAUCUAAGGGAUUUUACCCUUAAGGCAUCUCUGAGACUCACGUCACUUUUCCUCCAGCUUGGAGAAGAGCCAUAGCAUUGAGGAAACAAAUGGGGAUUUUUUAAACAGAGAAGGAAAUACGCCAGAGCCCCUGACCAUAGGAUCACAGAAUCAUAGAAUCAUUAGAGUUGGAAGGAAUCCUUAAAGAUGAUCUGCUCCUACUCCUCUGCAAUGAACAGGGGCACCCACAGCUCCAUGACCUUGAGUGUCUUCAGGGAUGGGACAUCCACCGCCUCUCUGGGCAACAUGUGCCAGUGACUCAUCACCCUUAAUGUAAAAAGCUAUUUCCUUAUAUCCCAUCUAAAUCACCCAUUUUAUUUUGAAACCAUUUCCCCUUUUCCUAUCACAACAGACCCUGCUAAAGAGUCUGCCGCAUGAACCUGGAAAUAUUUUGGCUUUGCAUUGGUUUUGCUGGCUCUGGCCAUGAAAGUAGUGCCUGAGAUGGCCAGUGAGAAACAUGAAGAGCCUUAGAAUCUGUCCAAAGGAGCUCCUCACCACAGAAGGUAAAUCACAUCAGUCUGCUGCUUCUUCACGGGUCACUCGAGGCUUCAGAAAGACAGCAACUGUAAAUAUGCCAUCUGACCAUUUGGAAUUGAUUUACUGUGACACGAGCUCUUAUUCCAUUUCCGAGAAAAAAGGUCCCCAAAAAAUGAGAGCUACAGUUUCAGAGCCUGCUGUUUUUUGCACUGUCACUGCAUUUGCAAGGGACACUCAUGAGCAGCGGUCAUUGCCUGAACAGAGCAAAGGUUUCUAUGCUGGGAUUAAGUUUUUACCAGAAUCAUUACAAAUUACAGAAGAUGGCAAGGAGCACAUUUUGACCAUUCUGAGCACUGUGCCCAUUACCUGUUCUGGCCACAACGAUUCGUGUAAAAUCACAUUACAGCUCAGUACUGAGGAUUUGGAUAGCCAAUUACUGGGGCCCCCAAACAUCGUCCUCUCAGCGUGCCAGGUGGAUCUGGUGCCGGCGCCCUGCUCAGAAGGCAGCUGUGCAGCAGCUGUUCUAACAGUGACAGCCAUCACCGACUUCGCUCAGGAUGGGAACCGCGUCAGCCGCAUCAGAGCCGAGCCGGUCGGACACAGAGAUGUGCUUUGGAGGGCUCACGCCUCAAAGGAUGUAAAGGUCACAGUUCGAGACCUCCCAACAGGGAACUGCUACUCUUUCACUGAUCCACACAUUAUCACAUUUGAUGGAUGGCGUUACGAUAACUAUAAAAUUGGCACGUUCCUUUUGUGCCAGAGCACGUCGCGGGCAUUCGAAGUGCACGUCCGCCAGUGGGACUGCGGGGGCCAGCGCUCCGCCACCACCUGCAACUGUGGGGUAGCUGCACGGGAGGGGAGCGACGUCGUCCGGCUGGACACCUGCAACGGGCACUUUCGGGACAGCAGGCCGCAGCUCAGCAUCCAAAGUACUGAGGCAUCGCCACAGGUCAAAAUCCUGACGUCCUAUGGAGGGAGAAAGAUUACAAUCCUAUUCCCUUCAGGAGCAUUCGUUCGAGCCGAUGUGAGCGAGUGGGGAAUGGGCUUGACAGUGAGGACACCAAGCAGUGACUUCAACAGCACCAGAGGUUUGUGUGGCCUCUUUGAUGGGAUCGGUCACAACGACUUGAACAAUGUACCCGAGGAAGACUUCAUAGAGGAGUGGAGAAUUCCUCCAGGGAAGAGUUUAUUUGACAAAAGUCCAGCACCUUCAGUGGCGAAGCAAAGGAAAAAUUACUGCAGAUGUCAGAAGGAGAGCACAAAGUCCAUGCCCUUGGUAAAGAUGCUGAACGCCUUUCAGACACAAUCUCCUGGUUGUCAUUAUGAUAAUGUGGAUUACACUUUUGCAAUCCCAUAUCUGGAUGUUACAUCAGAGUUCGUCACUCACUCAGGCAAAGAGUUUGCUUCAAGAGAUGAUGGGAAACUGUCGCUCAAGUCUUUAGAUCAAAGAUAUUUGCCUAAAUCAGUCAAAAAGCGAGGUAGCCCCGAGGAGCGAUUAAAACCCUUUGCACAUAAUGCUUCCAUGAAAAACAACAGUUCCCUUAACAUUUCCAAGCCAGCAGAAGAACUACAGAGACCAAAAAGACAAGAAGACUACUUUGAAUACUCAGCCCUUCACCCAUUGCAUAGCCCGAGCCAGACAGACAUAGAGAGCUUUGCCUAUUUUUUCCCAGAGGAUUAUUUUGAAGGGAUUCGGAUAAAACUCCCACUGGGAUGGCCCACUCCCAACGGCCUAACCUCUGCCAAAGCUCAGGAGAUUUGCCACCAAAUUCUUGCAAAUUCCACCAUUGGCUUAGUGUGUAAGGCUCUCCUGGGAAAACUGAUAGAUGAGGCCAUCAAUAUAUGCAUGUUAGAUCUGCAGCUCAAGGAUGACAUGGCCUGGGUGAGGGCAUUGAUAGCACUUUUGGAAAAUGAAUGCGAAAGACGAGUGCUAGGAAACAGAGGUAAAGUGUUUCGUGUUGGAAGCCAGCCAUCUGCUACCCAGGAGGAAAUCCUUACUGUUCUCCGCUGUCCUGCUUUCUGUAACGGCAAUGGACAAUGUACAGACCUGGGCUGCCAAUGCUUUGAAGACCACAGCUCCUAUGAUUGUAGCACUGCCAAAAAGCAAGCUCUGGAAAUCACAAGCUUGGAGAACAGGGGUCUAUGUGACAUCCGCACCUCAGACUGCAGUCGUGUCCGGGUGUUCGGUGUUGGCUUCAAGGAUUCUCCCCACCUGCACUGUGAGGUCACCAGAUUAAUUCAUCUCAACGGCGAAUGGAUAUCAAGAGAGCAAGAAACCACGCGAGCAGACUUUCUCAGCUCUAAGGCUGUUGACUGCCAGAUUCCUCUCCUGAACAUUACAGAGACGGAGGCUGUGCACUUUGUAGCUGGCGAUGAGCCGUUCGCAAGAUGGCAAGUGAAAAUCACUGAUGAUGGCUUCCAGUACAGUAAUUCCAGAGUGCUGACCCUGUACGACGCAGUCUGCCAGGCCUGCGAAUCCCAUCCAACCGGACUUUGUAAAUUAAAGGACAAUACUUGUAAUAUAGAUGGACUUUGCUAUGGUGAAGGAGAGUCAAGCCCUACCAGUCCUUGUCUCCUCUGUGAACCUGACAUUUCUAAGUUCACCUGGUCUGUUAAUGAAAACAACCUGCCUCCUGUGUUCCAGGCCCCCUCCAGCCAGCUGCUGACAUUUAUUGGUGAGAAUUUUGUUUACCAGUUAACAGCGGUGGAUCCGGAAGGGUCAGCUGUGCUAUUCAUCUUAGAGGCUGGACCUCAGGAUGCCAGGCUCUCUCCCGCUGGCCUUCUUAUCUGGAAAGUUGAUUCAGAAGAAAUGCAGACCUUUGAAUUCACUGUGUCGGAUGAAUGCAAUGCGCAGAGCAGAUACGCUGUUGAGGUUCGAGUGAAGCCCUGCGGCUGUCUCCAUGGUGGAACAUGUGUCACCAAUAUUAAAUUCCCUCCAGGCCUUGGUGAAUAUCUCUGUUUAUGUCCAAAUGGAUUUGAGGGAGAGUUUUGCCAGGAAGAUAUUAAUGAGUGCAAAUCAAACCCAUGCAAAAGCGGAACGUGUGUGGAUGGUGUGGACAGCUAUACUUGUCAAUGUCCCCCUGGUUUAGGAGGGCUUACUUGUCAGGAAGACAAGAAUGAAUGUGAAGAGAGUCCAUGUUUUCCUGGAGCAUCCUGCAUGAAUACCUUUGGAUCAUACUUAUGUGGAAUUUGUCCGAGUGGGAUGGAGGGAAAUGGUAAAACUUGCAAAUCUGUUCUUGCUGCUGACAUUACAAAAGCUUUAAUCAUUGACAACAGCAGUGGCAAAGGUGACUUGAACAAAACUGAGGAUGAUCAGCCACUGCAACCCUUAGAGGCAAAGAAUUCUCCUGUAAUUAAGAAUUUUAACAUAAGUGACAAUCGUGGCCAUGCAGCACAUCAGACCCACGUUACCACCUGUGCCAAUAGGCCGUGCUUUCCUGGAGUGCUGUGUUUUGAUAGGAAACCCCCUUACGUUGGCUAUGUCUGUGGCCGAUGUCCAACAGGGUUUUUUGGAAAUGGCCGAAUCUGUAGCAAAGCCCCCAGACCAGUUUCUAGAUCUUCCCAAAGCCAUACGGAUGUUGCUGAAAGAAAUAGUGAAGAUGCCAAAGGCUCUCAUCAGGAAGGCAAGACAUCAAGAAACAUUUAUUCCCUUCUUUCCCAAAGCCAAAUUCCGAGGCAAGAAACUACAUACUUUGUGGAAAGAAACCACACAGUCAUUAAUACAGCAUCCUUUACAAUGAAAAGGAAGAUUUCCCAGGCUCAGAUACUGUCAGCAAAAAUACCUGAUAUGGAGUCCACUAUAUCUGAGAAACAGGCUUUCAUUGAAAAAAGAAGUGAUACACACGCUUUCCUUCUGCAUGAGGAGCCAGAUCCCAAAACAGCAUCUGCCAAUGUGACAACCCCUACCCCUGUGCAUUUUAAACAAUACAAACCAGGAACAAGAUGGACCAUUCCUUCUCAUCUCAACACAAAUGCAAGCUCAUUCUUUGCACGACUACAUGCUGUUCAGCAAGCUCGUUCCAGAUACAGCUUGUCUCCCAGGAAAUGGCCCAGUCAAGUUACAGACUCAAAGACGGAAUUCUCCCAAAAUCCCCCAACAGAGCAGCAGAGAGCUUCAUUGGAAACACCCCUCACAUCCUCUUUGCAUGAAAUAGGUUUUUCCUUUGACACAGCUCCACAGAGUGCCAGCCUCCUGCCUGGACCUGCUCCCCCAGCAAGGCUUCCAGCACAGACCACAGCCCUCAGAAAGGUGUCCAGUGUAGUGAUGGACCACGUGGAACUGCCAAAACCCAUUAGUAGGUCCCAUCAGAAAGUCGUCUGUGGUUCAACUCCAUGCUUUAGUGGUGUGCAGUGUGAGCUAGCCAAAGACGGAGGAUUUAAAUGUGGGCCUUGUCCCAGUGGAUACACCGGGAAUGGAAUUACAUGUGAAGUGCAGUGUGACCCACCGUGUGAGCACGGAGGAACUUGUGUAGCUCAGAAUACUUGUUCCUGUGCCUAUGGAUUUGUUGGUCCUCGAUGUGAAACAAUGGUGUGUAACAGGCACUGCCAUAACGGUGGGGUGUGCGUGUCGCCGGACGAGUGCAAAUGCAGAAGCGGAUGGAGCAGCCCUUCCUGUGAAAUAGCUGUGUGCAAUCCCGUGUGCUUAAACGGAGGAAUCUGCGUACGACCAAAUACUUGCACGUGUCCUUACGGUUUCUAUGGGCCCCAGUGCCAGAGAGCUGUCUGCAUUCCUCCUUGUAAGAAUGGUGGCCACUGUGUUCGAACCAACGUGUGCUCCUGUACUGAGGGCUACAUUGGAAGAAGAUGUCAGAAAAGUGUCUGCGAUCCCAUGUGCAUGAAUGGAGGGAAAUGUGUAAGCCCAAAUGUCUGUGACUGUCCAUCUGGUUGGAGAGGAAAGCACUGUAAUAAACCUGUUUGCCUGCAGAAAUGCCUGAAUGGUGGAGAAUGUAUAGGUCCAAACAUCUGCGAGUGCCCUGAAGGAUGGGUGGGAAUGCUGUGCCAGACCCCAAUUUGUGAGCAAAAAUGUCUGUUUGGAAGCAGAUGCAUAAAACCAAAUGUCUGCGCUUGCAGAAGUGGCUAUAGUGGGUCAGCAUGUGGAAAGACGCUACCAAGAGGAUGAAGAUAGCAUAACAGCAGGACAGUGAAGACAAUCAUUUGGGUAUUGAUAAUCCAGAACUGAGUGCAUUUUUCAUUUGGGAAGACACAGUGUGAAGACAUCGCUGCUUUUCUCCCUUCUACUCUCCUAUAAUCACAAAGAAAAAUUAAAACACCUAGGCAUACAUCAAUAAACAGGCCUCCACUUUCAAAACUGCCUGUGGCUAGGCUCACAUUCCUGAUCUGCAGCUGUUAUGUCACCAUCACAAUGACUACCCCUGCCCACAAAUAAAACAAAGACUUUUAGUGUCCUGUUACUCUGCUUCCACUAAAACCUGAAGGCACAUAUAAAUGACUCCAUUUCUGCCAGCCUUUUUUUAAACAUGUUUGUUUCUCCAGAGAAAAUAACUACAUAAGAUCCCACUUCAACUGACAAAUUUCAGAGACUACCAAGGGAAGGACCAAAACAAUAUUUAUUGAUAGUAGCUCCAGCCUGUAGUGUCAUUCCACUGAGCAACUGCUAGAGCCAAAUGCUUUCGUUUGCUAGGUUGCUAAUGUGCCAGCAUUUACUUAAGGAGGCAUCAACACAGUGCAUGUUGAAAUGCUGGCAUUUGGUUGCAUCUAUGCACAGGUUCUCCUUUGCCCUCAGUCAUAGCUAUACGUUGCUCCUGUGCAAGUCAAUGUUUGACAUGCUAAGGAUACGUGAAGUCCCAUGUAGCCAUCUCACCUUAAUCUCUGGAAACAGUUUAGAAAACCAGCUUUUUAACGAUACAAAGAUGCUUACUGAAAUGCUCUCAGAACUCCUAAAUCAGAAAAUUCAGAUCUACAGAAAGCUACCUCUGAGUGCUCCCCCACACAGCAUGGUACUGACAUGGGAUGGGAUGGAGCAGUAACAGAAAACCCAGACAAGAGAUGGAAGGUGUGAAACAAGGGAAUAAAGGCAUUAAUUACAAAUUUACUUGAAAAGUGUUUUAAACUGCCAGGUUCAGUAAGGUAAAUCCCGAACCAUCUUCUGGGCAUUCAUGCUCUCUUUUUAUUUGUCUGACUGGGCGAUUCAGAGCAACUGUAGAUCCAAACAUCUUGAUGCAGGAAUACAGAAGUUUUGACAUUCCCACACUCUUCCAAAAGAAAUUGGAAGGGAACUAUCAUACAAUAAGGAUCUUUUGACUGAACCUGCAGGGCUGCAACAGUAACUAGAUGUAAGGUUUGAUCUGACCCUUGCUGUCAAUUUUUAAGAAUAAAAAUACUGACUGAAAGACCUUAGAAUACUGCAAAUUAAGUGAUGAAAAAGCUAGGAAAAACUGCCAGUACUGUAAUUGACAGAAUCAUUCCUCCUCCCUUUUGCCCAGUUCAUAAUAGUAGCUUUUUUUUUUAUCCAUGGCUAACUUUGUAUAUAGAAA